GUAUAAAAUAAACUCAAAAUAUCUCAGACCAUAACUUCAAUUCGGGUUUCAUCCUAGGGUUUUUUUGGGAGCUCUGAACGUAAAGUUGCAGGAAGAUGAGGAAGUUGAAGCCGCAUGAGCGGAAGCUGCUGAAGAGGGCGAACCUUUUUGUCUGGGAUAGAGAAAAUGGCCAUCGAGAAGGUCUGGUCAUGCAGCGCUACCGCCUGGUAGAGAGAGACGACUACAAGAAGUAUUCGAGAUUGUGUAGAGAGACCCAGAAGCUGGUGAAUAUUCUGAAGCAGAUGGACGCAGGAGAUCCUUUUCGGAUAGAGAUGACUGACGCCCUUCUUGAGAAGCUGUACAACAUGGGUGUGAUAACAGAUCGGAAAAGUUUAGCAUUGUGUGAAAGGUUAUCAGUGUCAUCGUUCUGCCGGCGUAGGCUUGCCAGUGUCAUGGUGAAGCUAAAGUUUGCUGAACACUUGAAGGAAGCCAUAACAUAUAUACAGCAGGGGCAUAUCCGAGUUGGACCUGAUACUAUAACUGAUCCAGCACAUCUAGUUACAAGAAAUAUGGAAGACUUUAUUACUUGGGUAGACACAUCAAAGAUUAGAAGAAAGGUCAUGGAGUACAAUGACAAGUUGGACGACUAUGAUGCCAUGAAUUAAUAGGACUAUCCUUAGUCUUUUAGGUGUUCCUAAAACCCAUUGUUGCAAUUAUGGUGGUUUUAUGCUGUUCUCACUUUUGUGACCAUUACAUGUUAUUGGUUAAGUAACUCUACUCUGAAAUGCUUUCUUGGCUUACUUUGAGGGCUUUAUCUUAGAAGCAUGUCUUUUUACUCGUUAUUUAUUAGAAUGGUAACAAACAUGUUUUGUUGGAAUUUCACAGUUCUCUUGCUAGCAUGUUCUGAAAAUGUUACUCCCUUUGUCCCAUGAUUUUGUUCUCGUUUUGGCUAGUCCUGCUUUUUAUGAAGUGUAAUUGUGUGAAUGAUGUUUGGUUAGAGAAGAGUGCAGUUUUAACCACAAUUUUUUUAACUGAUAGAGAAGAGUAGAAUUAAACUUUUGGAAUACUU